AUGGAAAAUGAUUUAAUUGAAGUAAUUUCUAGUGAGUCCUCAGAAGGCACAUCCUCAUCUGAAGAGGAAAUAAAAGAAACUAAUUAUUCUAAUGAAUUUUUUGAAGAUGGAAACGACUGAAUUGAAAUUGCAGAAUAUGGCAGAGAAGAUACUAUUCCGCCUAUGGAUCCAUAUCCGAAUAUUUCUCAAUUUACCACAAUUUCUCCAUUAGAUAUUUUCAGGGGCUUUUUCGAAGACAACAUUAUGAAUGAAAUCAUAAAAAAUUCCAACUUUAUCGCAGAAAAAAUGCGUGCCAAGCCAAAUCCAUGGUACAAAAUCAAAGAUCUGACCCCAUUAACAAAACUUGAGUUUGAAAACUGACUAGCAGUCAUCAUAAUGACAGGUCUUGUAAGUACUCCAAAAGAAACAGACUAUUGAUCCAAAGACCCGCUCUUUCGCAAUCCAGUGAUUUCUUCCAUAAUGAGUUCUUCUAGAUACAAAGGUAUUCAACUUAUGCUUAGAUUAUCUUCAACACAUUUUAAGGAUGGGAUAAACAAAUUAGAGCCUGUAUAUACCACCAUUUUUCGCGAAAUUGCAAAAAAAAUUAUAUUUUAGGAAAAAUUCAUAUUUAUAAAAGAAUGCGCUAUAAAAUAUAA